UCUAGCGUUCUAGUUCUUCUUGUUCUAGAAAGUGUCAGUUGACGAGUUGAGUUGUGUAUGUGUUUGUUUUGUGUGUUUCACGCUCUAGUAAUCUGUGUUUAAGGUAUCAUUUUUACCGAGAUAUGAAUCCCAAUAUGAAUUCUAAUGCCGAUAUCAAGCCCAACAUUGCUGGGUAUCAGUCUCCUUCGGACAGUGAUGGCAGCUCUACUCCGCUAAAUCUGUCUGACUUCCUGCAGCAACUGGAGGAUUACGUACCUACAGUGCCAGAUGCUGUCACAGCUUCAUUUCUCAACUCUUCUGGCUUUGAAGGGUCAGAUCCUCGAGUGGUUCGUCUAAUUUCCCUGGCAGCUCAGAAGUUCAUAUCCGACAUUGCCAAUGAUGCCCUCCAGCACUGCAAGGUGCGUAGUUCCAACCAAGCCUCCAAGACCAAGGGCAAGGACCGUAGGUACAACCUGACCAUGGAGGACCUCACUCCCGCACUGGCCGAGUACGGCAUCACCGUCCGUAAACCUCAUUAUUUCCCCUAACUAGUGUAUAUGUCUAUCAUACAGGUGUAAAAAAUCUAUUUCUUUGAUUUUAAGUUGUGAAUAAAUUAUUUAAUUGUCAUA